UAGGACCAAAAAAGCGUUUUAAAACAAGACUUACAUGAGCUAGAAAAACUCCCAGCAGGUUUCGAUCUUGAUCAUGCCUGCUUACUUUAAAUAAUUACUGUUUUUGUACUUGUUCUUUUUCCUUCUUUUUUCUCUUUUUAUCCAAUGUAUUAUCAUGUCUGAACAGCAAGAAAAUAAAGCCCAAAACGCGUUUCUUAACGCCACACCUACACUGCCUAGUUUUUCUUUGCCUGCUAAUCUCAAUAGCAAACUAGCACUGAAUAAAAAGUCAUCUCAAGAAAGACCCAGACUAUCCAAUUUACGGUCUGUUUGGUUAUCACAGCAAAGUUUAGAAGAAGAUGCUUUUGCUCAAGACAAAUACGUUGAUAUCAACCUGCCCUCUGUCACCAUCGAUAGCAUCGAAGCCCCUUUACUGAUAAAAGAAAUCGCUUUCUUGUUCACCAUAGCAAUCUUACUAUGCUUCUCACAAGCAAUCUACUCGGCAGCCACAUCAGGGAUAUCAUUGUUAACCACAGCAUCUUUGGGGGAAUGGUCACUUGUGAUGCUCUGGUCAUUGUUUGAUCAACAUGCAUGUUAUGAUUAUUCACUAUUUUUUGCUGUCAGUGCAUGUGUGUUUGGUAUCCAGAACAGUAGAAUGACGCAUAUGACAAGCGCACUGCUUUUCUUUCUUGUCCAUCGUCUCUUUGGACACAAUCAACAACUGCAGACUUAUAUCCGCCAACAACGACAAGAACAACAAGCAGUGGAUCAAAAAGCCAUUGAUCAAGCACUCGAAAUCUACACAAAAAGAAGAGCCAUGUUUCUCACGACUGUAUCUCAAGAAAUACGAGAUGCAGCUUUGAUUGUGAUGGCCACACUAGAGCAAUUCUCGCCUAGUUCUAUUCUAUCCAACACACACGAAUUACUCAGUGCUUGUUCAAUUGCUGUGCCUAUCACAAGUAUAUCAGCCAUUAACACCAUGGUCCAACAAGCUUGCCAUAUCAGUUCGCAUUUAAAUCUGAUUUCGAGAAUAAUACGAGAAACAGAUACGCAUCACGUCAUCGCUGAAGAGAAUCAAGUCAGAUCACUUGUGCGUCUCGAUUUUGAUGCUGGGGAAUUGAUUCAGAGUGUGAGCGAUGCUUUGGCUGGCAUGUCGGGUAAAUUGGGUGUCCAUUUUGUGAUUUACCAUACAGACAAUGUCCUUUAUUAUCCUAAUGCUGUAGGGGAUGCAGACGGCAUCAAGCAUGCUUUAAUUAAUGUAAGUCAUCCACUAUAGCAGCAUGCCUUAAUUCUGUCUUCUUAGUUGUUAAGAAACAUGUUGGAAGGAUGUACACCAGGUGCUUGCAUAGAACUCGGAUUGUCCAUUGCACCUAUCCCAAAUACGCCCAAACUCAAAGUUAUCUUUCAGAUCACAUAUACAGCAUCUCCUGCCAUUCCCCCAGGCCUUUCUGCAGCACUUAUACCCAAUGCCAAUUUCACUGUUCGCCUAUUGAAUUUUGUGGGUGGUAAGAUGGAAUUGGAAGACUUGGGCAAAAACAAGACUCGAGUCGAUGUCAUGUUUGAGUUGUUUCCAGGUAGCAGCCAUAGUGAUCAGCACUUGUUGUUUAUUGAAAAGCCUUCUCAAAUCUUGGAAAAACACUUGUCGAAUAUUCGGUUUUCAAAUGAACCCACAUUAGAAGAUUUAAAUGGGUUUAUUGCUAAACUCAAGGGUGUUCGUAUGAUUUUGCAUGCACCUGAAAAGAGUAUUUUUGCAAAGCACUUGACGAGUUG